CCCAGCGCUCUUCUGCCCACUGCUCCGUCCAGCGAGGCGCCGCAGGGCAUCGAGGCAGGAACCUUAUCUCCUGUGCCAUGCAUUCAAAGCGACCCUCAAACACGGAAACCCAUAGAUAUUGAGUUAAUGGCCAGAAACUACAAUUUGCUGGAAAAUUCAGGAUGGUACUGGGGAGCUGUGACGGCAGCUCAGGCCCACUCUGCUCUUCAAGAGGCGUCAGAGGGAGCGUUUUUGGUACGAGACAGCAGCCACCCCCUGUAUCUGCUGACCCUGUCCGUCAGGACUGCUCGCGGACCCACAAGUAUAAGGAUCCAGUCCGACAGUUUCGGGUUUAUGCUGGACUCCAGCACCCCCGGCCGGACCGGCCUCUCGUCCUUCCCCAACGUGAACAGUCUGGUGCAGCACUACAUGGGACCCGAGUGGAAACCCGAGGAGGGGAAGAGGAAGGUGGAGGACGCAGUUCCGUCAAAGCUGACUCAGCAAAAGGUUCAGGAGACGUCUGUGGUGAUGAAACUGAAGCGGGCUUUGUACAACCCCAAGAGCCUCCCUUCUCUGCAGCACCUCACACGCCUGGUCAUUAACAGGCACACCGACCACCCCGACCAGCUACCACUCCCGGGCCCUCUGGUUUACUACCUGUACAAUUAUCCCUUCAAGGUAUGA